GUAGAAGGCAGAGGGAGAGAGACAGAGUCCUGAUCGCUGUCAGACACAAUGGGAAUAUUUCAUCUGUCCGCAGCGCUAUAACCAUCACUCUAAUCGAUUCACCUCCCUCUGCUGGCCAGGUGUGUGGCAGGAGUGUGUUGCAAGGUGUUUGUGUGUGUGGGGCCGGGAGGUGAAGAGGAGGGGGGCAAAGUUUAAGAUAAGGCUCUGGGAUCUGCUGAGGCGUGAAGAUGAACGAGAAUCAGGAGUUGGAUUAUAUGUUUGUCAAAUUUGCUCGGGUGUGGAUCCCUGAUGCAGAUGAGGUGUGGAAGUCAGCAGAGCUCACUAAGAACUACAAACAUGGAGAUUCCACCCUACACCUCACACUGGAGGAUGGAAAGGACAUUGAGCACAAGCUGGAUGAUAAGACAAAGAACCUUCCUCACCUCCGGAACCCUGACAUCCUGGUGGGGGAGAAUGACCUCACAGCUCUUAGCUACCUCCACGAGCCGGCCGUCCUGCACAACCUUAAAGUCCGCUUCACCGACUCCAAACUCAUCUACACAUACUGUGGUAUUGUGCUGGUGGCCAUUAAUCCCUAUGAGAACCUUCCCAUCUACGGUAGUGACAUCAUCAAUGCGUACAGUGGCCAGAACAUGGGAGACAUGGACCCUCACAUCUUCGCUGUGGCUGAGGAGGCUUACAAACAGAUGGCCAGAGAUGAGAGGAACCAGUCUAUAAUCGUAAGCGGUGAGUCGGGAGCAGGGAAGACUGUCUCAGCUAAAUACGCCAUGCGCUACUUUGCUACAGUCAGUGGAGCAGCCACAGAGGCCAACGUAGAGGAGAAGGUCCUCGCAUCCAACCCCAUCAUGGAGGCGAUAGGGAACGCUAAGACGACUCGUAACGACAACAGCAGUCGUUUUGGGAAGUACAUUGAGAUCGGCUUCGACAAACGCUACCGUAUCAUUGGAGCUAACAUGAGGACAUAUCUACUGGAGAAGUCUAGAGUGGUGUUUCAGGCGGAUGAGGAGAGGAACUAUCAUAUCUUCUACCAGCUGUGUGCGUCCUCCCAUCUACCAGAGUUCAAGAAUCUGAAGCUAGCUAAAGAGAUGUGCACAACACAACAUGCCUUCUCACUGCUAGGCAUCAACGAGUUGAACCAGAAGGGGCUGUUCCAGGUCCUGGCUGCCAUCUUACAUCUGGGCAACGUGGAGAUCAAGGACCGAGACUCUGACAGCAGCAUCAUACCUCCCAAUAACCGCCACCUGACGGUGUUCUGUGAGCUGAUGGGCGUGACCUACCAGGACAUGUCUCAUUGGCUGUGCCACAAGAAGCUUAAGACAGCCCAGGAGACCUACAUCAAGCCCAUCCCUCGGCUGCAAGCCUCCAAUGCCCGCGACGCGCUCGCCAAACACAUCUAUGCCAAAGUCUUCAACUGGAUCGUGGACCAUGUCAACAAAUCUCUACGCGCCACCGUCAAACAGCACUCCUUCAUAGGAGUCCUGGAUAUCUAUGGGUUUGAGACGUUUGAGAUCAACAGUUUUGAACAGUUCUGUAUCAACUAUGCUAACGAGAAACUGCAACAGCAGUUUAACAUGCAUGUGUUCAAGCUGGAGCAGGAGGAGUAUUUGAAGGAGGAGAUUCCCUGGACUCUGAUAGACUUCUAUGAUAACCAGCCAUGUAUCAACCUCAUAGAGGCCAAGAUGGGGGUACUCGACCUGCUGGACGAAGAGUGCAAGAUGCCUAAAGGUUCAGAUGACUCGUGGGCCCAGAAGCUGUAUAACACCCAUCUGAAGACCUGCUCUCUGUUUGAGAAACCUCGCAUGUCCAACAAAGCCUUCAUCAUACAGCACUUCGCUGACAAGGUGCAGUACCAGUGUGAUGGCUUUCUGGAGAAGAACAAGGACACAGUGAAUGAAGAACAGAUCAAUGUCCUGAAGGCCAGCAAGUUGGACCUGCUAGUGGAGCUGUUUCAAGAUGAGGAGAAAGUGACCAGUCCAACAGGGACCGCUCCAGGAGGUCGAACACGACUCAGCGUCAAACCAAAAGAGGUCAGAUCUGGAGCAAGCAGCAAGGAGCACAAGAAGACUGUUGGCUGCCAGUUCCGGAACUCUCUGGCUAUGUUGAUGGAGACUCUGAAUGCGACCACUCCUCACUAUGUUCGCUGCAUCAAGCCCAAUGACCUCAAGUUCCCCUUCACGUUUGACCCUAAGCGAGCGGUGCAGCAGCUCAGAGCCUGUGGUGUUCUGGAGACCAUCCGUAUCUCAGCCGCAGGCUUCCCAUCCAGAUGGACCUACCAGGAGUUCUUCAGUCGUUACCGGGUUCUGAUGAAGCAGAAGGACGUCCUGUCGGACAGGAGGCUGACCUGUAGGAACGUCCUGGAGAAACUGGUGCAGGACCAGGACAAGUACCAGUUUGGUAAGACUAAGAUCUUCUUCAGGGCUGGUCAAGUUGCCUACCUGGAGAAGCUGAGGGCUGAUAAGCUGAGGAAGGCGUGUGUCCGUAUCCAGAAGACCAUCCGCUGCUGGCUGGUACGCAAGAAGUACCUCCGAAAGAAGCAUGCUGCUAUCACCAUCCAGAGAUACACCCGCGGACACCAGGCCCGCUGUCUGGUUAAGUACAUGCGUCAGACCCUGGCAGCCAUCACUAUCCAGAAGUUCCAGAGGAUGUGUGUCCAGAGGAAAGUGUACCUACAGAAGCAGGCUGCUGCCCUGGUCAUGCAGACUAUCCUCAGAGCGUACAUGGCCCGACAGAAAUACCAAGGGUUGCUGCGUAACCACAAAGCUGUGUUCAUCCAGAAACACGUGCGUGGCUGGCUGGCCAGACAGCGGUACAAGCGCUCCCUGCGAGCCAUCGUCUAUCUGCAGUGCUGCAUCAGGAGGAUGAAGGCCAAGAAAGAGCUGAAGAAGCUGAAAAUCGAGGCCCGCUCCGUUGAACAUUUCAAGAAACUUAACGUUGGCAUGGAGAAUAAGAUCAUGCAGCUGCAGAGGAAGUUAGACGAACAGGCUAAAGACAACCGUGUGACUAGCGAGCGGCUGAACUGUCUGGAGACGUCCCACGCGGUGGAGAGUGAGAAGCUGAAGGUAGAGGUGUCUAAGCUGAAGGGGAUAGAAGAGGAAGCCAAGAACAACGCCAACCGUGUCACUUCCCUUCUGGAGCAGCUGGAGAGGCUGAGGAAGGAGCUGACCACCACCCAGAAAGAGAAGAAGACCAUUGAGGACUGGGCUACCAAGUACAGAGAUGAGAUGGAAAAGAUGGUAGCAGAGCUGAAGCAGCAGAAUGGUCUGCUGAAGACCGAGAAAGACGACCUGAACCGAAUGAUCAAGGAACAGAGCCAGCAGAUGACAGAGAAAAUGACUCGUGCAUUAGCGGAGGAGACUCAGCAGUUGGAGAGCGAUCUGAACGAGGAGAGGUCUCGCUACCAGAACCUCCUAACAGAACACCUGAGACUGGAGGAACGCUACGACGACCUCAAGGAAGAAAUCACUCUCUCUGUGAGCGUGCCCAAGCCCGGCCACAGGAGAACAGACUCCACCCACAGCAGCAACGGAUCAGAGUGCACCUACAACUCAGAGUUCGCAGAAUCAGAAGAAAGUUCCCGACAUGGAGAAGAUGUGACCCGGGGCAUGGACACGUCUCUGACUCUGAAGCUGCAGAAGCGCGUAACCGAGCUGGAGCAGGAGAAAUCCUCUCUCCGCAACGAGCUAGAAAACAAGGAGGAGCAGUUCCAGCGGGCUAGAGUCAGGGAUGAUGAGGAGCAUAAGAAAUCACGUGGAGCAGAACUGGAGUACGAGUCUCUCAAGCGCCAGGAGCUGGAUUCCGAGAACAAGAAGUUGAAGCACGACCUGACCGCCAUGAGGCAGAGCCUGCUGGGUAAUGCAGGCGCUGGGGCAGGGGCACCAGGAAGUCCACCCUACAAAGUUCUCAUGGACCAACUGAACUCCUCGUGCGAGGAGCUGGAGGUGCGGAAAGAGGAGGUGUUGAUUCUACGAUCUCAAUUGGUCUCACAGAAGGAGGCCAUGCAGCACAAGGAGACGAUGACGGAGCCAGUGCACUAUGCAGAGGAUGUCCAUAAGAUGAAGGACUCUGGUACAAUCACUCAGGCUUAUCUAGGACUCAAAGAGACCAACAGAUCUCCCAGGUUCUUGCGUAAACCACUAGAAGCCAAUGAGCUCCUAAAUCAGCUCAGGAUCCCCACUGCUGACUUCCAUAGACUGAAUGAGGACGGAGAGCUGUGGCUGGUAUAUGAAGGGUUAGAGGAGACCAACAGACUGUUGGAGGGCCAGAUGCAGCAGCAGCGGCGUAGCUAUGACAAUGAAGUGGAGGUGUUGCGAGGGGAGUUACAGAGUGUUAAAGAGGAGAAUAACCGUCAACAACAGCUGCUGGCCCAGAACCUGCAGCUCCCACCAGAGGCACGCAUAGAGGCUAGUCUACAGCAUGAGAUCACACGACUCACCAACGAAAACCUGGAGAUGCUGAGGACUGAGGAUCCAACAGCAUAUCACAGCGCCAAAGUCAACAUAUUACGACGGAUGGUUGACCUCAUGGAACAGCUGGAGAAGCAGGAUAAAACUAUCCGUAAGCUUAAGAAACAGCUGAAGGUGUUCUCCAAGAAGAUUGGACAAAUGGGAGCUGGCCAUGUUGAGACGAUAUCUCCGGGUCAGAUGGUUGAAGAGACGGUCCGUCCGGUGAACAUUCCUCGUCGCGAGAAAGACUUCCAGGGAAUGUUGGAGUACAAGAAGGAGGAUGAGCUGAAACUGGUUAAGAACCUCAUACUGGAGUUGAAGCCUCGUGGUGUAGCGGUGAAUCUGAUCCCAGGCCUGCCAGCCUACAUCCUCUUCAUGUGUCUGAGGCAUGCUGACUAUGUCAACGAUGACCAGAAGGUCAGGACGCUGCUCACAUCCACCAUCAACAGCAUCAAGAAGAUACUCAAGAAACGGGGGGAUGACUUUGAGACGGUCUCUUUCUGGCUGUCCAACACCUGCCGCUUCCUCCACUGUCUCAAACAGUACAGCGGAGAUGAGUCGUUUAUGAAGCACAACACUCCUAAGCAGAAUGAUCACUGCCUGUCUAACUUUGACCUGGCUGAGUACCGGCAGGUCCUCAGUGACCUGGCCAUUCAGAUCUACCAGCAGCUCAUCAAAUGCAUGGAGAACAUCCUACAGCCCAUGAUUGUCUCUGGUAUGUUGGAGCAUGAGACCAUCCAGGGUGUGUCGGGGGUUAAGCCGACCGGUCUGCGUAAACGGACAUCGAGCAUCGCUGACGAGGGAACCUACACGCUGGAAUCCAUCUUACGCCAGCUCAGCGCUUUCCACUCCACCAUGUGUCAGCACGGCACCGACCCUGAACUCAUCAAACAGGUGUGCAUGUGUCUGACCCUGACCCUUGGCUGUGUUCUGACCCUGACCCUUGGCUAUGUUCUGACCCUGACACUUGGCUGUGUUCUGACCCUGACCCUUGGCUGUGUUCUGACCCUUGACUGUGUUCUGACCCUGACCCUGGCUGUGUUCUGA